AUGGGUCGCUCGAUACUGCUAUUGGGUGCAUGGCUCGCCGGUAGCCAAGUCGCCGCGCUUGGAGAUCUCCCUACCAUCACCCCUGCGCCUGUGCUGGGCGGCGUGCUUAAUGCUGCCGCAACAGACCCGGGCUUCUCUGCCUGCGCAACCGCGAGCAAUGUUGUUGUAUCAUGCUCGAGCGUACUUGAAAGUGCAGGUGCACACGAGGCAACGGGCUCGCAAUGGCACAAAUGUCUAUGCUGCUCCGGCACAACAUGGUCACCAAAUAUGUUCGAUGACAGUGUAGAGAGCUGUGCGGACUAUAUCAAAACCGAUCUCCCCGGCCACACGAGCGAGUACUCAGCCUACUCUGCUCUUGGAAACUAUUGCCAUCGCGCUGGGAAUAUAUGUACUGGGACAGCCGCCGCGACUCGGACACAAUCAGCAAGUGACAGCAUUAUCACAACCCAGGCGGCCGGCUGCUCAUCUCUACUUGAGAUAGUAUCGGAGUGUGCUUCGCUCGACAGUGGCAUUCUGACUGAACCUGUCGAGACACGGGCACUAUGCUAUUGCUACAUGACCGAUAGCCAAAACGUGUCAACGACCUGGGUGCCUCAGACCUUUGACGGGUACGCGAGCGAGUGCGCGGAUUGGGCCUCGACCGCCGAUAAGUCUCUGUACCCAAGCUUGUUGGAAUUGGCAACGUUCUGCCACUCAGUGGGUAAUUUUGCGACUACGACCGAAGACGGUAGUAGUAGUAGUAUCACGACGACCCGCGGUCGCAGCAGCAGCAGCAGCAGCACCACCUCUACCACUGCCGGGACGGGACAGCACUCGGAGCAGAUUACAUCAAGCCCGACUGCUGUCACUGUGACGGUGAAUCCGGCGUCGACUAGCGCGAGCGCCAAUGCCGCAGCUGUUUCCCAUGGCCAAGGAUCGGCAGUCGUCGGGUUGACAAGCGUGGCCAUUGCUCUCUUCUCUUACUUCUUGUAG